CUCGGGGCUCGAGCCCACCCCAACCCCGGCCGCUCCAAAGCGAGGCAGCUCCAGCCCUGCAGCUGGCGACAGGUGUACUGCGCCUGCUCCGGACAGUGGGCCCGCACUGCGCCUGCGCGGACCUGCAGAUGAGGGAGUAGCCCCAGGUCAUACGGUGUGGUUGCACAGAGUUCGUGAACUCCUUAUUGCAAGAUCUCAAACAAGAGGGAGGUUUUCUAGAGGGUGAACCCAAAUAAAGAACCCGGCCAUGACCUUGAUGAAUACGAUGAGCCUUUGACUGAGGCAGGAUUUGCCUGUUCUGUAAGAAAAUGUUUCAGAUGUUCCGUGUGACUGGAGAGGUACUGAGAGACUGGAGAAGCACCCCUGUCCCGUUCUCCUAAAUAGGAGUGUUCCAGCAAAGUACGUGAACUAGUUCUGCAGUUUGAACAAACAUUGCACCAUCACAGCAGAGAGCGUCUGUUUUCCCAGUGAGUGGACGACGUUUCUCAUGAUUGUCCAGUUCGGAGAAGGACAUCAGCACGAUGGAGAAGCCAUGGAAAUGUGAAGAUUGUGGUAAAGGAUUCGACUACCCGUCCCUGCUGGAAAACCAUCGACGCAGUCACACUGGUGAGAAACCAUACACCUGCUCGGUCUGUGAGAAAGCAUUUACUCAGUUAUCCUGCCUCCAGUCUCAUCAACAAACUCACACCGAGGAGAGGCCGUUCAAGUGCGCUUCCUGUGGAAAGCGGUUCAGAUCUUCAUCCAACCUCACUGCACACCAGCGAGUUCACACAGGGGAGAGACCGUUCACCUGCUCCGAGUGUGGGAAAGGAUUCACUCGGUCCUCCCAUUUGCUCGAACACCAACAGACACACACGGAGGAGAGGCCUUUCAGUUGCUCAAGUUGUGGGAAAAGGUUCAGGUCUUCACCCAACCUUAUAGCUCAUCAACGGGUUCAUUCUGGGGAGAGAUGCUUCAUUUGCUCCGUGUGUGGGAAGGGAUACACUCAUCCAUCCAACCUUCUGAUACACCAGCGAAUUCACACAGGGGAGAGGCCGUUCACGUGUUCUGUGUGUGGAAGGAGUUUCACAAAGUCUUUUAACCUGGUAAUACACCAGCGAACUCACACUGGGGAGAAACCAUUUAUCUGUUGUGUGUGUGGGAAGGGUUUCAGUCAGCCAUCAAACCUGCUGACACAUCAGCGUGUUCACAAAUGACAACUGGGGUUAGAUCCGGCUGUUAAUCACGCUAACAACUCCCAGAAGAGGCUGGAGUUUAGUAUUCUGUAAAUAUCACUGAUUUUUGUGGUUGCAGUUUGAAAAGUUAAAACGCCAGGUCCUGGUCCAACAGAUUUAAUUGAAAGCACUAGCUUUUGGAGCGCUGCUUCUUCAUCAGGUGGUUGUGGAGUAUACAAUUGUAAGAUACAGAAUUUACAGCAAACCUUUACUCCGUGAUGCAACUGAAAUUAUACAUCGAGAAAUACCUUGAUUGUUUGUUAAGUCUCUCAUCUGUCAGAAUGACCACGUUAGUUUCUCUUGUUUCAUAUGUAAAUCGCAAAACUUCUUUUUAAAAGUUACAUUCUCAAGUGAACUUUUAACAAUUAGUGUCAGCCCAGACUCCAAAUCAGUUUGAAAAGGUAUCUGUGAUGCUCACCCUUAAUUUCACUGAAUCCCUCCCAGUGAGUGGAAGCAAGCCAUUUGGCCCAUCAAGUCCACACCGACCCUCUGAAAAGAAGCCCACCAUGAUAGCCCCACACCCCAACUCACUCUUUAACCCUGCAUUUCUCAUAGCCAGUCUACCCAACCUGCACAUUUCUGGACUGUGGGAAGAAACUGGAGUACCUGGAAGGAAUCCAUACAGACACGGGGGAGAAUGUGCAAACUCCACACAGUCAGCCAUAGAGAUGUACAGCAUGGAAACAGACCCUUUGGUCCAACCCAUCUACGCCGACCAGAUAUCCUAACCCAAUCUAGUCCCACCUGCCAGCACCCGGCCCAUAUCCCUCCAAACCCUUCCUAUUCAUAUACCCAUCCAAAUGCCUCUUAAAUGUUGCAAUUCUACCAGCUUCCACCAUUCCUCUGGCAGCUCAUUCCAUACACGUACCACCCUCUGCGUUAAAAAGUUGCCCCUUAGGUCUCUUUUAUAUCUUUCCCCCCUCACCCUAAACCUAUGCUCUCUAGUUCUGGACUCCCCGACUCCAGGGAAAAGACUUUGCCUAUUUAUCCUAUCCAUGCCCCUCAUGAUUUUGUAAACCUCCAUAAGGUCACCUCUCAGUCUCUGACGCUCCAGAGAAAACAGCCCCAUCCUGUUCAGCCUCUCCCUGUAGCUCAGAUCCUCCAACCCUGGCAACAUCCUUGUAAAUCUUUUCUGAACCCUUUCAUGUUUCACAACAUCUUUCCGAUAGGAAGGAGACCAGAAAUGCACGCAAUAUUCCAACAGUGGCCUAACCAAUGUCCUAUAUAGGCGCAACAUAACCUCCCAACUCCUGUACUCAAUACUCUGACCAAUCAGAAUUGAUCGUGGGUCCUUGGCAGUGUGAGGCAGCAGUGCUGCCCGAAUUUCAACCCAUUUGGUUCAUUCAUGCUGUUUAUAGAAGGAAAUUUGCAGUCUUUUCAUAGUCUGGUCUGCACAUGACUCUGGAUCCACAGCAAGGUGUUUGAGUCUUAUUUACCUUUGAAUUGGUAAAGCAUUCACUGAGGAAUGAGCAACAUGUAUCAGACCUGACAGCGAUAUCCCAACCCAUGGAAAACAAAAUUUUUUGAAAAUGCUUCAACAAAAACUC